AUGCAUAUAGAGACCGCCUUCGGUGUGCCCUUCUCGCCCUACCCGAGUCCUCCAUCUCUGGCCUCCUCAGACGGUUCAUAUCAACAGGACUUCUUCAACAUGGGCGCCAACACCAAUGUCAACAUGGACGGGACUGGUGUACUCAACUACCAGCGAGCCAUCGAUAUUGCUCGCAACACGGAAGGCGACCUCGAUCCUACUAUAUCGGCCUACCUGGAAGGAGCUCUUACAGAUAUCUGGGGUCGGAUCUCUCUUCAACCGGAGACAUACAUCAUGUCCAAGGAUGAAUUUGCUAUAUUCAACUUCUAUCGCAGGCGCUUCGAUGAGAACGAAGUUGCAGAGCAUGCAGUUGCCCGGUUUUGGGCGCACACGCACGAUGCUCCUGCCACAGCUGCUUAG